CUUUGUUCUUCUUCUUCUUUCAUGGCUGUUACUGGCUGGGCAAUCACAAUCUGAUUUCUUCCUUCCUCUCUUUUCUUUCCCUCUCUGAUUAUCGCCAAGUCCAUUGUUGGGUGGGGCAAGAGUUACACGAUGAGUCUGGUGGUUGGUCAGUCGCUGGGUUUAACUCUAUUCGGCGAUGGUCUUUCCUUACGCAAUUCGAAAAGAAAUGGCGCAAAUUCUAAGUUUUUCUUUGUCAAUCGGAGGAGAUUUGCUCGUGCGGCUCUUGUUCAAGCUAGGCCUAGAGAGGAUGGAGCACCGGCGACUCCUUCUCCAUCGCCGAGAGCGACUACGGCGCCGGUUGUACAAUACCGACGAGCUGAUCUCGCCGAUGAUCUUCAAGCGGAGGCACGAGCUCUGGGUCGCGCUGUUGAUGCUUCUGUCUAUUCUCCGGAGCUCAUCGCCAGGAAGCAUGGCUCUCAGCCUUUCAAGGCUUUGCGGAGAAGUUUGGAGAUAUUGGGAGCUUUGGGCGGUUUCGCUUUGAAAUUGGGGAUUGAUCAGAAGCAAGGCAACUUAGACAAGAACAUGAAGAAGAGAGCAGGCGAGCUCCGGCGCAUUUUCACUCGUCUCGGGCCUACUUUUGUUAAACUGGGUCAAGGUUUGUCCACCCGACCAGACCUCUGUCCACCCGAUUACCUUGAAGAACUUGCAGAGCUUCAGGAUGCUUUGCCAACCUUCCCUGAUGCAGAGGCCUUUGCUUGCAUUGAGAGAGAGUUGGAUUUGUCUCUAGAGUCCAUUUUCUCGUCUAUAUCCCCAGAGCCAAUCGCAGCAGCUAGUCUUGGCCAGGUUUACAAAGCUCAGUUGAGGUAUUCUGGUCAGGUUGUUGCUGUCAAAGUUCAACGCCCUGGAAUCGAAGAAGCCAUUGGCCUUGACUUCUACCUCAUUAGAGGAGUUGGGAAACUCAUUAACAAGUAUGUAGACUUCAUCACUACCGAUGUCCUUACCCUUAUCGAUGAGUUUGCCUGCAGAGUUUACCAGGAACUAAACUACGUCCAAGAGGCGCAAAAUGCCAGAAGGUUUAAAAAACUGUACGCUGAUAAAGCAGAUGUUCUUGUACCUGAUAUAUUCUGGGAUUACACGGGCCGCAAAGUUCUAACAAUGGAAUGGGUAGAGGGAACGAAACUGAACGAACAACUUGUCAUUGAGAGUCAGGGUUUAAAGGUUCUGGAUCUUGUAAAUACCGGAAUUCAGUGUAGCUUACGGCAACUCUUAGAGUAUGGUUUUUUCCACGCUGACCCUCAUCCUGGUAAUCUCUUGGCAACACCUGAUGGAAAACUUGCCUUUCUAGACUUUGGAAUGAUGAGUGAGACACCCGAGGAAGCUAGAUUUGCUAUCAUAGGUCAUGUUGUUCAUUUAGUGAACCGAGAUUAUGAAGCCAUGGCCCGAGAUUACUACGCUUUGAAGUUUUUGUCUCCUGAUGUGGAUGUUACUCCCAUCAUACCAGCUCUCAGAGACUUCUUUGACGAUGCACUUAAUUAUACCGUGAGCGAGCUCAAUUUCAAAACUUUGGUUGAUGGUCUAGGUGCUGUCUUCUAUCAGUAUCCAUUUAAUGUCCCGGCCUACUAUGCUUUGAUUCUGAGGUCGCUUACUGUGCUUGAAGGUUUGGCACUUUACGCAGAUCCUAAUUUCAAAGUGUUAGCUGCUUCAUACCCAUACUUUGCCAAAAGGCUUCUCACUGAUCCAAACCCAUAUCUAAGAGAUGCCCUUAUCGAGCUUCUAUUUAAAGAUGGAAAAUUUAGGUGGAAUAGACUCGAGAACCUUUUACAACAGGGAAGUAAAGAUAGAGACUUCUCAGCAAAAGAUGCUCUACAACCAGUUUUGAAGCUGUUGCUGGAUCCAAAUGGUGAAGAGCUUCGACUGUUAGUAAUUAAAGAAGCUGUACGAGUUAGUGAAGCGAUUGCGUUGGGCACUGUUGUUGAUACAUACAAUUCCCUUCCAGAGUUUCUGCGAUCUCUUGUCUUCAAUGGAAGUGGGAAUGGCCCUCUGACAAUGAGUACUACAGAACUUCAAAGUACGCUUGAGCUUCGAGAUCAGGUCUCUAGAAUCUGGGGACUUCUUCAAUCUUCAGAAAGCUUUGAUCCUGCUAUUUUGCAGCCAAUACUACAGGUGUUACAACAACCAGAGGCACGAAGACUUGGAGGACGUGUUGCAGGUGGUGUAGGCCAACGACUUGCAGCUCGAUUUCUGCAACAACUCCUUCGAGCCACAACACCAUCUUCGGCACCAACCCCAUAAAUGCUCUUUUCUUAUCAGUGAAAUGGUAAAGUGUAUAUUAAGCCGAGACACUCGGAAACCACAGAAUUGCAUCAUGUUACAGUAAUAUAGUAUCAUUCUUUCUCUUUGUAUUUUACUUGUGUUAAAGACCAAAGUAUAACCGAUGAGAAAUGCUUCCACAGUAUAGGCAUUUGAUUGCAAAA